CAAGCCUCCUACAUCCUCCCCAAAAAUGGAGAAGAAUAAGAUAGCACAAGCAGCUCUAUUUCUCACCUUCAUAAACCUAUCUUCCCUCCUCUGCUCCGCCUGCCCAACAUGCCCUACUCCUGUUCCAUCACAUCCCCCUCCACCACCACCAAAACGGUCACCACCACCCCCCAAGCCCUCACUACCUCCACCAUCAAAUACACCCUGCCCCCCGCCUCCGCUGCCGCCAGCCACCCGCCAGCCACAUGUCCCAUCGAUUCGGCCGACGAAACGUGCUGCCAUAGACGCGCUGAAGCUGGCCGCGUGUGUUGAUGUUCUUAGCGGGCUUAUUCAUAUCGGCAUCGGGCAGUCGGCCGACGAAACGUGCUGCCCCUUGGUGAAGGGGCUUGCGGGGCUCGAUGCGGCUCUGUGCCUCUGUACUGCCAUAAAGCUGAAGCUUUUGAACAUAAACUUACUUCUUCCUAUUGCCCUGGAGGUUCUCGUUGACGACUGUGGGAAGUAUGUUCCAGCUAAUUUCAGGUGCCCGGAUUAACUAAACCCGACCGGCCAGUCCGACCGGAUCGACUGCUGGUGCUAAUUUGAACGCUUUGUGUCUUGUGGUGAGUUACAUAAAAGUUAUCAAUGUGAAACUUAUGAAAGAGAUGGUUAAGUUUAAUGUGUGUGUGUGCACGAGUAUGAAAUGAAUUAGGUUCUGGUUUGUUGGUCAAAGUGUGAUAAUGAUAUGUAAUAAAUCGUGCAUUUCAAAAUUGUGAUUUUUAUGAUUUUGAACUC